AGAGGGUACGCCCACGCCAAAUAAACCCAUCGACUGUAAUCCUUCGUUGUGCGCCCGCAGUUGAUGCAGAUCCUUACAAUCAUUCCCUAAAGCUGUUUUUGUAGAUACUUUCAUCAAAGAAAAUGGAUAACUCGGGCAAAGAGAAGGAGGCCAUUCAGUUAAUGGCCGAAGCUGACAAGAAAGUGAAUAAAACCGGCUCAUUUCUUGGAGGGAUGUUUGGUGGGGGAGGAAACCAUAAAAUAGAGGAGGCAUGUGAGAUGUACUGCCGGGCUGCCAACAUGUUCAAGAUGGCCAAGAACUGGAAUGCUGCAGGGAAGGCUUUCUGUAUAGCAGCCAGACUUCACAUGCAGCUUCAAAACAAACACGACUCUGCAACCGGCUUUGUAGACGCCGCCAAUGCCUUCAAAAAGGCCGACCCCCAAGAGGCUAUCAACUGCUUAAACACAGCCAUCGACAUAUACACAGACAUGGGAAGAUUCACCAUCGCCGCAAAGCACCACAUCACGGUUGCAGAAGUCUACGAGUCGGAGCUGGUGGACAUUGAGAAGGCUAUCGCACACUAUGAACAGGCAGCGGACUACUACAAGGGGGAGGAGUCGAUCAGCUCGGCCAAUAAGUGUCUGCUGAAGGUGGCUGCCUACAGUGCCCAGCUGGAGCAGUACGCCAAGUCCAUUGAGAUCUACGAACAGGUGGGGUCCAACACCAUGGACAACCCGUUACUGAAAUACUGCGCCAAAGAGUACUUCUUCAAGGCCUCCCUAUGCCACUUCAUCGUGGAUGAGCUCAACGCCAAGUUGGCCGUAGAGAAGUACGAGGAGAUGUUUCCUGCUUUCUCAGACUCAAGAGAGUGCAAGCUUGUCAAGAAACUUCUGGAUGCCCACGAGGAGCAGAACAGCGAAGCCUUCACAGAAGCUGUGAAAGAGUUUGACACCAUCUCUCGUCUGGACCAGUGGCUCACCACCAUGCUGCUGCGCAUCAAGAAGACCAUCCAGGGUGACGAGGGGGAUCUCAAAUGAGACGGAGAGAACAGCGCAGGGAGAACACAUCACAGCAUGACACCCCUCCCCGUCCCCUCCCCCCUUCAACCCAGUCUCUUCCAUCAGCUACCCCCCCCCCCCCCCCACCCCACACACACACACCUCCUUUAACACACUCCCUGCAUUGUUUUCUUUUUUUGUGUGCAAAGGACAGUCUUGGUUCAGCCCCCUAUUCAGUAUGAGCCAGUUAUGAAUGCUGCAAACCACAAAGAGGAUAAUGUAUACGUGUCCACUGACGCGAUACAUUCAUUCUGUCAUACCAAAUAAAGACGACGAUGACGACGUAUGUUAUGAUUAUAAGCUGUGCAUCCCGUAACAUCUUGGCAUCCCUCAAGCAACAGAGCUUCAUGAAGCGUCGACAGCGAUUCUACCUGUUUCCUUUCGUUUACUUCCAAACACCAGAGUUAUCUCCUCUCCCAGGUCGCAUUCAGCGUGUGGUUUAAUGUGGUACUGUGGUUCCUGAUCCGGUCUAGAGUGGGUUCUGCGGUCCCCAGCGGGCCAGUGGUGGAUGCUUGCCCUGGGGUUAUCAGCGCUGCAUGCUGUAGUCUGAACAGUAUUUCUCCUCAGAGCAUGACCAGGUGUCUUUUAUUUCAAACACCGGUUUCUCUGCAACAUUUUUUUUUUCUUUUUAUCACGCCUUCAGAAUGACAUCAUUUUAGGCCUAGAAACAAAACAAACCAGAACUACAUAUUGCACCUUUAAAAGACAGCUGUUUCUGCUUCUCUGUUAAACGUGUUGUCCAUAGUCUGUGAGAACAACAGUGUGAAAUGGUUUAAUGAGAAACGAAUGGAAGAGGUAAUCCUCACAAAGUUUCAUUCCUAUUUCUGACGUCCGUUUUAAGCCAGCCUGCAGACGCAUGUUCGCGCGCAUCGCACUCCGCAGCCAAUACGCUAGCUCACAUCACUCACUGAAGUCCACCAAAGAGUGUUCUUCACAUCUUUCAUUUUACAGAGCAAAAAUUUGAAAAACGUGUCAUUUUUAAUAUUUUACGUCAUUGACGGUAGUCUCGUCUUACUUUUGUACGGUUCUCAAUAUUACAAUAUUACAUGAGAUUUGUUUCUUCUCCUAAAAAUAUUUCUAUAUCUUAUAAGGGUAAAAGAUCUAAAUACUUUUCUUUGAUCUGCCAGAAGUUUCCAAGGCUAAAGACUGAGAAAUGGGUGUGCUUCCCCGAGUCCGUGUGAUUUGUGUUUCUAGUGUUGUGUAUGCAUAAUUCUCGGAUAGCGUAGUGCAUUUCUGCUACUGCUCGUUACCAGACAGAGCAUGUCAUUUUGUGUCGAGUCUUGUGUGGUUUUACAUGUUGUGAGACGUACCAGGGUUUUACUGUUGAUGCAUCCUCCGCCCUGGAGGCAGGCUACGUGCUUAUCAAGGUUUCUGUCGAAGUAGUGAUCUUUAUUAGCCAUAGUCAUGUCUUACGUACGAAUGUACAAUAAAAACAUAUCCCAAACA